CUGCAAUACAAUCAUAAUCAGUCUAGGAACUCGAAGCAUCAAGGAGCUAAGUGACUCAAAAUGAAAGUACUGCUUUUCAUCGCCUUUGCGGCCAUUAUGGUCUACGUGUAUUCUCAAGAAAUCGACCCGGAAUGCCCAGACUUUAAUGACGAAGAGAUUGUAUACCUCCCAAAUCCGUGCAAUUGCAGCAGUUACUAUGUAUGCUCUCUUACUGGAAAAAUUGUCAUGCCGUGUCCAAAGGGUCUUCACUUCAACCAGGAGAAAAAAGUCUGUGACUGGCCAAAGAGAGCGAAAUGCAAAGUUAGUCCCGACUGUCCACCACCAAAACCCCACUUGGAGUACGAAGAGCCCUCCUUUUAAAGUAUCUUUUUAAGCGCAGUAUAAUAAUCCUAACACGUUAAACUAAUAUCUCA